UAAAAGGCAGCGCUUUGCGUGUCCUGUGCGCCGGAGACUGUGAGAGGGUCUUGUUUCUCCCCAGGGCGCUGUUGAUCACUGGAUUAUAUGGUCCAAAAAUAAAUGAAUCACAGCUGUGAAGAAACUAUGAAGAAGAUCAAUGUGGUGAACCUUGAUAAACUUUUAGAUAACUUCUCAGAGAUAGAAAAGAAAAUAUCAGAAAUUAAUGAAACAAAUAACUUACUGGUUCUUCAGCUGGAAAAAUGUAACAGGUUAUUAACAUUAAGCCAAUCAAGGGAGGAAUCAGUAAAAGAAGAAUGUAAUACUCUACAGAAUGUGAUAAAGGGUCUAACUCAAACCAUUGAAAACCAGUAUAAUGUGAAAGACGAAAAUGAUAGACUGAAGGGUAUAAUUCACAUCUUGGAAGAGAAAUUAAAGGCUCGUGAACAGGAAUAUAAAAAUCAGAUUGAGAAACUUGUGGUAGAAAUUAAAAACAAAGAGGAAGACCACAAAUUAGAAAUAACACAGUUGAAUUGCGAUAUAAGAAAAAAAUUUGAAGUAAAAGAAGUGGAGUAUAGAGAACAGAGUGAGAAAAAAGAACUGGAAAUAUUAGAGCUAACUAGACAGCUGAAAAUUCAAAAUGAAGAGAAGCAGAACGAAAUAAUUAAGCUGCAGAUAGAGUUCAAUGCUAAAUUAGCAAGAGUUCAGAAUAAAACAACAAAAUCAUUUUCAGAAGCUUCUGUUUUUCCACAGAGUAUCUACAGAAGGAAGCUGCAGCAUCUCCAGGAGGAGAAAAACAAGGAAAUUGAAAUUCUCCGAAAUACCAUAAGACACUUAGAGCAACGUCUUACUAAAGGCCAAGACCUGCACUUCAAACAGAGGCGAUUUUGAGUAAAUGACAUGAUGUAUAUCAUUACAACAUACAAUGAGAAAUGGAAACAGUGUAUUUCAAACUGUGCACCUGAAAGUAAAAACAAGAUAUGAUGAAAUAUGCAAUAUUUUUUAUUGAAAACACCCUCGUCAAAUAAUCCAGAGGCAUGCGUUCUGUAUAUAUCCAAGGCUACUUUCUUGCUAAUUAACAUUCACAAUAAAAAGACUCAGGUUUCACAGGAGUAAUAAUUUCCCUAUUAAACCAUCAUUAAUUAUCGUGUACACUUUCAAAGCAGUUUUCCUUUCUUGAAUAUUCUUUUCUUCAUCCAGGAAUCCUUCAAACAACUGUAAUUUUACUUCAACUCAGUUAAUCAAAAGUUAUGAAAGCUAAGCCACACACAGAGAAGUUAUACAUGUUUAAGUGGUAUAUUACCUGGCUAAUCGUUACAGAUUUAUCAAAUUCAGCACUGUUAUAAACAACAAUAAACAUUAAACCCAGAUUAAAUUUGUUCUGUCCCUCCCUCUUUUUGAUUCUGAUACUGAUUCUACAUGAAGAGUUGUUAACUUCAGGCACAAUUUUAUUGACUUAGUGGGAUUUUACAAGCUGUAAUAGUAUGUAUUAAUGGACCCUGAUACCGUAUCUAAGCCACAAAAGCUAAACAUACAAAUCUGUUGCUUUAAAAUAAUUCAAUUACUGCUUGUAUGUUACAUUUGAGAUAAAAGGUUAUUUUGGCACAUUGCUUAGGAAUAAGCUUUUCUUGUACAUAAUUUGUAUCUCUAGGUUAGGGAAAAAAAAAAAAAAACAACAAAAAAAAAAAAAAAAAAACAACCACAAACCAACCAAACAAAAACCAAACAGCUUUUGAAUACAGUCUACCUUCUUAAUAAAAAAUGAUUAAAAUA